AUGAAUCUCCAAGCUCCCAUAUGGGCAUGUCUCUUCGCAACGGCUCUAGCCCAUGGCGGCCACGAAGCCGUUCCCCAGGGUGAAUCUAUCUCCCAAGAUCCCAUCGACGGCACGCUAUGGACACACAUGAUCCUCAUGGGAUUGGCCUUUGGCAUCAUCUUCCCAACAGGCAUGGUCCUCGGUAUCGUCCGCUCGCGCUGGCACGUCCCGCUCCAAGCCGUCGGCACGGUCAUCGCUGUCCUGGCCUACUUCCUCGGCCAUCACCACAAAGGCCGCCAGUUCGACAAGAACCUGCACGCAUCGUUUGCGAACUGGCUUAUGCUCAUGCUAGUUGUGCAGAUCGCGCUGGGCGUGUAUCUCAAGCUGCACCUCGAAAAGGGAGGACAGGGUCGAAUCCGGUGGAUCUUCGUGCUGGCGCACGGUAUCGUCGGGAAGGUCAUGCCCGUUGUUAGCUGGGCGCAGAUGCUUUUCGGAGGCAUUGCUUCGUUGGGAUUCUGUCGCGGCGAUCAUCUCGGGCAGUGCCUGGCGCAUUUCAUUAUGGGAUCUGCGUUUAUCGGGUAUGGAAUCUGUUUGACGAUUCUUUUACUUGUGGGCCAGUUCUGGUUGCGGAAGACUGGACGCAGUCAGGAGUUCUUCGAUUCUUUGAUUAUUGCUGCCUGGGGUUGCGUUAAUACUUUCACUGAGCACCGCUGGGGUGGGCCUUGGGUCCACAAUGAUCUCCAGCAUACCACUAUGGGUAUUGUUUGGUGGUGUGCUGGUCUACUGGGCAUGUGGCUCAGUCGCAGUCGCAGUGGUCGUCCCAAGCGCAACCUCAUCCCGGCUAUCGUUAUCAUGCUGACUGGUUAUGCCAUGUCUGCUCAUACCCAGGAGCUGAUGAUCAGUACCAUGGUCCACUCGAUUUUCGGGUACACUCUGAUGGGCGCGGGUCUCACACGCGUUAUUGAGAUUUCCUUCGUGUUGAAGGAUAAGCCUGCUCUCUCGGAGCCGAACAGCUUCCAAUACCUGACUCCUUUCUUGCUCUAUGCCUCCGGAUUCCUCUUCUUGGGCGCCACCGAGGAGCAGAUGGUCAUGUUGAACAACGCAGGUAUCAUGCACGUAUCCUACGUCCUGAUCCUGUACAGUAUUGCCUUCAUUGUUUUCCUAUUCGUCAACGUCCUCCUCCACAUCUACGCUGUCCACGCCUGGCCUAACUCAGAGUCCACAGACCAAAACGGUCCCAAGUACACCACUCUCAAUGGGAAUGCCAAUGGCCAUACCCGCUCUGCCUCGCAGCAAAUUCAGGAUGCCGAGGCUUUCGAGCUUCAUGGCUUGAUCUCCGAUGAUGAGGAGGGUCCGUCCAUGGGUCCGCGCAGGACCAGUGACGAGGAGCUUGGAAAAGACGAGUCUCGUCACUAA